AUGUCUCCAGUUCGCCGCAUUGCACAGAUCGUUCACCUUAAGCCCUCCGCGGUGGCCGCAUACAAGGAGUGCCACGCUAAUGUCUGGCCGGAGGUUCUGCAGCAGAUAAAGGACUGCAACAUUGUUGACUACUCAAUUUUCUUCGACAAUGACCGCACCCUCUUCGCGACUUUCAAGUAUGUCGGAACAGACUUUGAGGGCGAUAUGGAAGCCAUGCGGGCCAACCCAAAGGUGAGAGAAUGGUGGGCUAUGACCGAUGGAAUGCAGGAGAGCCCCAUCCCUGGUGCCGUGGGUAGUGCCGAUGGACCCGGCUGGUGGAAGGGGUUGGAUGAAGUCUUCUAUACCGAGUGA